UAGGACCCGGGAGGGAUGCCUCCCAGCGGAGGACGCAGUCCCCAGGCGCGGAAACCGCCCGCGGAGGGUGCUCGUCCCCAUGGCAACACCAAGCUCAGCCUGGCCUGUUCUAAGCCGGGAGCGGAAGAGGGGGCGAGGGAGGAGUCAGGGCAGCCGCGCCGUUCCGAGAACGCGCCCGUCCUGGCGUGUCUCCCCCGCGCGCCGGCCGCCGUGGUGCAGCCCAAGGCGGAAGCGGCUCCCGGACGGAACCGGCUCGCGAGCGGGGCUAUGGCUGCAGGCGUCCCCUGCGCGCUCGUCACCAGCUGCUCCUCCUCCUUCACCGGGGACAGGCUGGUCCAGCAUAUCCUUGGAACAGAAGAUCUUACUGUGGAAGUGACUGCCAAUGAUGCUGUGAGAUUUUAUCCCUGGACCAUUGAUAAUAAAUACUAUUCAGCAGAUAUCAACCUAUGUGUGGUGCCAAACAAAUUUCUCGUCACUGCCGAGAUUGCAGAGUCUGUCCAAGCAUUUGUGGUUUACUUUGACAGCUCACAAAAAUCUGGUCUUGAUAGUGUUUCCUCAUGGCUUCCACUGGCAGAGGCAUGGUUACCUGAGGUGAUGAUCUUGGUCUGUGAUAGAGUGUGUGAAAAUGGUGUAAGCCGACAAAAAGCUCAAGAGUGGUGUAUCAAACAUGGGUUUGAAUUGGUGGAACUUAGUCCGGAAGAGCUGCCUGAGGAGGACGAUGACUUCCCAGAAUCUACAGGAGUAAAGCGAAUUGUUCAAGCCUUGAAUGCUAAUGUCUGGUCCAAUGUAGUGAUGAAGGAUGAUAGGAACCAAGGCUUUAGCCUUCUCAGCUCGUUGGCCGGAGCAAACCAUAGCAUUGGGUCAGCAGAGAGCCGUCCCUCAGAGCAGCCCCAUUUGCAAGCAGCAAAUAGGCCUGAAUCCCUCUUGGAUCAUCUGGGUGGUGCAUCGAGUACCGCAGACGCUCAGGGUGAUAGCAUCGUGGAUCCCAUGUUAGAUCUGGAUAUUCAAGAAUUAGCCAGUCUUACUACCGGUGGAGGAGAUUUGGAGAAUUUUGAAAGGCUAUUUUCAAAGUUAAAGGAAAUGAAAGACAAGGCUGCGACGCUUCCUCAUGAGCAAAGAAAGUUGCAUGCAGAAAAGGUGGCUAAAGCAUUCUGGAUGGCCAUUGGGGGAGACAGAGAUGAAAUUGAAGGCCUCUCAUCUGAUGAAGAACACUGAAUUAUUCACACUAGGGUUUGAUUGACAAGAUGCUAACUCUCUCCACCUGAGAUGCUUCCCUGCUCAACCCGCUUGUGUCCUGCUGGACUUCCCAUCAUCAUGUUGGCCACCUGACUUGUUCACAGGGUCCCCUUAAUUCUAGUUUUCAGUAGGGGGUUAAGGAGAAUUCUUUUCUUCCUCAGUAUAUUAUAAAGGAUUGAGGAGUAUAAUGACAAUAAGGAGUAAGAAUUUUUCAAAUGGACUUUUUUGUUCUGGGAGCAGAAGUGAAAUGAGGCUCAGAGGUCUGUGUGACUUGCCCAAGUUAAAGAAGAAGAACAGCACCAGGCCCUUCCCGGUCGACCUUUUAAGGAGCAUCCCCUGCGUUCCCACCGGGUUACAGCGCGUCAGGAGCUGGCGCCCCCUCUCCUGGCUGUGCUGCAGCUGCAGAUUUGAUCUGUGCUGUGGAUUAGGUGGGGCCAGAGUCAGUGGCCCUCACCUUAGUCUAGCUAAAAAAAUGCUUCUGGGCAUUUCAGUUGAAAUACAGCAUCUGAGCUCAUGCUCAGAAGGAUUGAGAAACCAGUGUGAAUUUCUAGACUAUGAUAAAUGAGGUAAAACUUCCCUGCUCUGGUAGGGAUAAAACAGCCCCCCUCCCAAGUCAGAGAGAGAGAGAGAGAGAGAGAGAGAGUGUGUGUGUGUGUGUGUGUGUGUAAGAGAGAGGGAGAAACUUGAGGAAUUCCCUGUACGGGCCCUGGAAGCAGUGCUGAGAUUUCUGCAUUAGUGUUACUGUGAAGAAACUCGUCUUCCUUAGAGUUCGCCCCUGCUACUCCAGAGGUCAGAGCUGUGUUGUCAUCCUUGAUACCCUCAGAACAAGGCCAGGUUCCCCGUCUCUCUCUGAAAACCAGAGAUCGCUGCCCAAAUAGUAACAGUAAGGAGCGGGCGAGGUGGGAGAGGAUGUGACACGUCAGGCGCUGAAUCCCUGAGCGCCUUGUGUGACUUCCGGGGCUGAGCGGGUCCGCCCCAGGGGAACUGGGAAACGCCACCAAAGGGAAAGUUUCCAAAGGAAGACUGGGAAAUCCAGCAAAUAAAACUCCUGUUUCUGUUUUUGUAGACACUUUGUAAUGCAUGUCAUUAACCUUCGCUGUGUAGUCACUGCCGUGGCUUGAAACAGGCACAGGGCGGGAUGGUGCCGGCACGGGCGCCAAGAACUGCUUGUGGCCUAGUGUGGGCUAGGAGCCCCUUACGCCAGUAGCAGAAGCAAGUUCCAGACCCCUCUGUGCACUGUCUUCUAAGCACUGCAGACCCUGAAACAGGUGGUGUAAGGAAUGGAAUGCUCCGGGUCCCAGCCAGAGCGACCGCAGGGAGGGAGUUUCCAGUGACUGGGACAUUCGGGAAGAGCCAUUCCAAGGAAUAUUGGAGGCUGUCUUGCUCAGUGACUUUUUUCCCUUCCUUUUUUUUUUUUUUUUUUUACUAUUCUGAAAGUUUUUGAAACUAUAGCUCACUACCGUUCCAUCAGUGUCUCUCUGAGGUGCCUGCAUUAGCUGUUGAUUAGGAAUGAAGGGCACUUGGCUCUGGGGUUGCAAAAUGAAAGGUGGAACAUGUUUUUCUUAAAACAUGAAAGGCUUCAGAAAAUACGUUAAGUCACAUGGUUAGGGAAAACAGACUAGGAAAAGGUGUGGACUUGAUUUUGUGAAUUAAACAAAAACAGAUGAUUAAAAUGUGAUUUAUUUAUAAAGUC